AUGACGAGAAGAAAAUCUGGGAGAUUUCUUGUUUGGCUGGCAUGGCUCGCAGACAGCCAGUUGGAAGAAGGGUUGACAGGUAGGUAAAACCUCUUGGGGUCCUUACUAAGAAAUACGUUAAUCUGUCUGGCUAUUGAAUUCUGUUUGUUAGGCAGUCCACAUUUCACAAAAACUCUAAUUCAUCCUGCUGAUCAAAAACUAUUCUUGGUAUAAACAAAACGACUCUUGGGCAAGUUUAUGUUAGUUGCAGCUUGCUUAAGUGGCAGGCUUUAACACUGACUUUCUUUGCACCCUGUACAUGUAUUCAUCAGUUAUAUUCUGCUUGGUGUCCAUAAAUUAUCGAAAGGGUUCUCAUGAGUGACAAUGAAAAAAUACAAAUGUAGUGCUAACUAAUGUCAGCAAUUACAGGAUAUGCACAGGCCCCUGUUUGCUUAUUUCUGUUGACGUUGUUGUAUUUGUUCACAGUGCAAACCAGGUGUGGAGCCAGUGACCAGACAGCUCUCUUGUCCUGGUUCCAUCAACAAUUCCUCAAUGCGUGGAAAUGUUUAUCAUAGUCAAACAGUGAAAAGGUGAUUAGCAUCCAGCUGCGUUUUGUUGUUGUUUUUUUUUUUCGGAAGAGUGUGAUCAGAUGUAGAGUAGAUAAACAAGCGGGAAAAAAAUCAAGUGUGAUACACUUUGUUCAGAGCUGAAGCUGUAAUUUACAAGAAAAAUAGCUCCUGCCCACACUUACGUUUGUCAUGAGAUAAUUUUUACUGUAGCACCUCCAGACCUGCGAGAGAAAUCUUUUUUUUAUACCAUAUAAAAAUAAGCUUAACCUCUUUGACGUAUUGUUAUGCAUGUGUAGAAACUAUCAGCUUGUUUAUCAAUUGUCAGCAGGACACCUGCAUAACAAAAAGCUUUAUUUUUGCACUGCGCAUCACUUAGUACUCAUGACAUGUGAUGUGACUCAGAUGUGGCGGUGAUUUCGGAAAUUCGUAUUUACUCUUUUACCAUAGUAUUUGAGCAUUGUUAUGUACUCUCACAUGAAUGGCCUUGAGUGCCAGCCAAUGCCCCCAGUCAUUUACUUCAGUCAUUCACAGAGAAUAAAGCAUAAAAGUGGGGUGUCAGUGACUACAUUUGAAGAUGUCUUGGAGUAUGGAAAGACAUUGUUACUUACAUCUCUAGGUGACGAUGUGGAUCGUGACGUUUUAACUACGUUCCGGCUGAAGAGUUGGAAUGGUGUGCAGUUGCUUUUGAAAGAAGAGCGUCAUGAAGAUGCCAAACAGUACAUUAUUUGCUUCUGUCAUCAGGAAAACGAAGUCACAAGGGAUGGAAAGACUACCAAAAAGUUUGCCUACGAUAAAAAAUACAGUGUCAUGGAGAACAAAGAUGACAGGUGUCUUCACUGUGGUAACAAAUGUUGCAUAAAAUACAUGUACUUAGGUCUGGAGAAUACACUGAGGAACUGGUUUACAAUAAAACUAUGUGUACAAAUAUGCUUGGACACUGUUUAGAAAAAGAACACUGGCUGGAGAAUAUGGAAAGUUGGCAUUUAAAGAAAGAAAUAUGGCAUGGUGGUUUUGGGACCCAGAAAGUGUUUGGGCUUUGCCAACUCGAUGUGUACACUGUAACAUUACUAUAUCUGCAGACCACUUGAUAAACUCGCCAGAUUGUGUGAUAGACAAGGGGCAUUGAAAAUUGUUGAAUGUCUUGUCUGCUUUGAAAACUUUGAACAUUGUAUUACGAUGGCUAAAGGUUCUGGCUGGAAGCCAUUUGGCACAAGUUAUAGAGGAUCAGGAUCUUUUGAAGUUACAGUUGCCAAUAUGAGGAAGACUCAUAGAAAUCAUGUAGACCAAGUAUAUCUUGUAGGAUUUGUGCCUUGCUUUGAAGUUCCAAAUCUACACCAGUCACUAGAUCCUUUCUUGGAAACUUUAAUGAAAGAUCUCUGCAAUGGGUUUAUUGAAGGGUUUCAAGAAAACUACCCAAGAGGAAUCUCAAUUUUGGACUGGUGA